AUGGCGACUGCAACCAAAAUUCAUCUGGACCCCGUCAAGGAUGUAGGUGUCUACAACUCUGGUGUUCGCGAAGAUGCAGCUCGUGCCACCAGUAAGGUCCUACAAGAAGAUAUGGAGAGUCAUCAUGUCUUCUUCAACGACGAAGGAUUUCAUAAUCAUAUCGUUCAUGGAGUCCUCACGCUUUAUGCACUCGGCGCAUCCCCCGAAGAUAUUUUGGCCAGUUAUGAGAGGAACAAGGGCUACCAACGACCAGCACACCCUCCCAACAAGGAGACCGUUCAGGCUAUGCAUGAUAGCGCUGAUUUCCAAGGUUAUCUAGGAAAAGAAAAGCAGUACUCAAAUUUCCUGGCCUUCUUCCAGAAUGCCAUCAACACCAUGGGAGUCAGCCAAGUCCUCGAGGAGUACUUAUUUGCCGGAGACGACCGCGCUGAAACCAUGUUGAGUCGACUUUUCGGAGGACUGGUACAUCCGCUCAUCCACCUCGGCUUUGGGCUAGAGUUCAACCAACCUGCCAUUGUGGCCCAGGCUUUAGCCCAAGCCGCCGUUCAUGAUGACUGGAUGGGCCGUGACUACUUCCUUCCGGCCGAGAGGCAGGCUGGAGGAGUUGGGAAGCCCGGGCAGAAAUCACUCCUACAGCUUUUGACUGAGAUUCGCAAAGAUGAAACCUUGAAAAGCUCUGUCAGGUUUUCUGACAGUAACAAGUUCAGGGACGGAGUUUUACACCGUGCACCGCAGGAGAUGCUGCAGUAUGCUGCGCAGUAUACGGUGUCAGCGGAGCAGAUACCCGAGAGAUUGGCAGAUAUGAUCAACACCGUUGUGUACUAUACGAGUACUGCGCAACGCCGCGACAAGGAGGUCAAGAUUGAUUUCUUCUUCAUCCACUGUCUCAACUCCUCCAUCUUCUUCUCCACACUCAUGAAACUCCCAUUCCUCGACCAGAAGUCAAAAUGCCGUCUACUUGAGUGGAAAGGCCGUCUGGACCUUUUGACAUACGUGUCUCGCAACUCUCCAGACCUCCUCAUAGACGAGGUCGUACAAUAUCCAGCACAGAAAGACUGGCAGACCGUCAUCUCGCAUAGUGUAGCACACCCAUCUGAUGACGGGCAUCUGUCUAAGCUCGUGCGAGCUGUAGCGCAUGGUCAGAAUGUAUGCAAGCCGUUUGAGAAGAAUGGCGCUAUGCCGGUAUCGGGGGAUAUGUGGCUCAAGAUUGGAAAUAUGGCUGUUGACUCUACUGCUGGAAACGAUGCGAUGUGGAUACGCUCAACAGGGUUUGAUGAAGCGUGGCAGAAUAUUGCAGGACGUGCGCGCUUAUAA